AUGGCGGUUGGCAAGGGAUCGGCCACCAGGGCACUUCCAUUUAAAAUUAAUGAAAGAGUUAGGGCUCAAAAUCAGGGGGCCCUAUUUGAGUUUACAAUCUGGGUUCAGAAAAAAGAGAUUGUGAGUUUGUUAUUUCAAAUGAGAUUUGGGAAUAUGAAAUGGGGUGAGUGUGUCGGAGGAACAAUGGAAAACGACAUUCACCUGAGAGCAAACGGCUACAAUCGCAUCAAGGCCCGAACUCGCCCUCGUCCCCCGAAAGCUUCUGAAAGAGUUCAGUUUGAACUUUUUGGAUCUCCUGCAACAUAUACUCACAUAAUAGAAUCAAUAAAAGGAAAAUAA